UGCUCGGUUCCGCAACUAUAGCACGCCAAUCAAACCUAAAGGGGACCGGCCCAUUUUCUCGUCUCUCAGCCAGCAGGUUGUAAAGUCAUUAUUAAUCCAUCUGGUUUCUUCUCAUUAGACCUGCUUGCCUCCUUUUGCACUCUGGUUGAAAUCUGGGGGAGGCAUCCUUGCGUUCAAGUAAACCAUGUACUGCCUUUGGAACAGAAAAUCUGGCUUCAUUCAAAUGUACUGUGCAUUUUGUCUCUAUGGAGUUUUUGGAAAAGCCGCAAGUGCAAACUUUAAGGACAGUAGUGAGGGGUCAGAGGGGUUCCUGAGCCUCACCGAGGAGGUUGCCAAGUGGUGGGGAGAGUGGAGCUCCUGGUCCACCUGCUCUCGUACCUGUGGAGGGGGUGUCCAGUCCCAGGAACGCCACUGCCUGAAGCAAAGGCUUGUUUCAUCACAACAUGUGAACAGCACUUUAUGCGUUGGCUCAGCAAAGAAAUACCAGCUGUGCCAAAUUCAGGCCUGCCCCAACAAUGGGAUCAGUUUUAAACAACAGCAGUGUUCAUCCUUCAAUGCCAAAGCCUUCAGUAGGAAACAUUUUAACUGGGUACCCCUCUAUCCAGAUGACUAUAUCAACAUAUCGAACAAGCCAUGUGACCUUCAGUGCACCACUAGCAAUGGGGAAAGGCAGCUCCUGGUCCGUGCUCACGAUGGCACCUCCUGCAGGGACAGGACAUUCCAGGGAGUCUGUAUUGAGGGCAAAUGUGAGGUAGUGGGAUGUGACGGGAUGUUGUACUCCAGUAAAACUACAGAUAAGUGUGGAGUGUGUGGAGGGGAUGGCAGAUCAUGCUACCGGAUCUCUGGGUCUUACCGAAAAGGAAUCACACAGUUAGGCUAUCUAUUUAUAACUAACAUCCCUGUUGGAGCAACAGACAUUCAGAUCAUCGAACGACGAAAAACUGAAAAUAUUUUAGCUCUGUCAGAUGAAGCAGGCCAUUUCUUCUUCAAUGGCAACACUGUGAUUGAUAAUCCCAGGAACUUCCGUGUGGCAGGCACAGUAUUUAAAUACCGGAGGCCUUCCAAUUUUUUUACAGAUGGGUUUGAAUACAUAAUCUCGCAAGGACCCACCAACCAAGGUCUGAACGUGAUGUACUAUAACCUGAACGGGAAGAUGCCCCACAUCACUUACGAGUACACUGUGCCCAGCUCUCUGCUGCUCAGGACAGCGCCUCCAGUGAUGGAGAUGGAGCUCUAUGACAGCGUCCCCGAGCCUGGUGUGGAAAACACUGGGGCAGGUGUGGGCCCACAGCCUGAGCAAGACAAGCAAGACCCUAUCCAAGACUUUAAUGGCACAUCAGUGGAGCUCAUGUACGAUGGCAACGAAAUUGACAGCAAUGAGGACUACAAGCAUGGGAAUGACACCCCCCCUCUGACCUCCGAGAGCAACCCCGCCACACACCUGGGGUCUGAAGGGCUGGUGUGGGAGCUGCAGGCCCCCCUGAAUCUCUCCGAUAUCCCCAGCGUUCUCUUCUUCAAGCCUGUGAACAAGCACUUUCAAAAUAGAGCAGGCAACCGGCUGCAAGAUGAGGAUAGACCAUCCAAAUUUGGUCCCGAGUCUAACCGGAUCUAUGGAAAUUCUGCCAACCAGAAUAUCACCCGACGCCCACCCAAGACUCAUUUUAAGAACCUGUUCUUCAGCCUCCUCUCAAAGCCCGGGGGUCUGCAGAGGGCUUGUAAGAACAGUUCAGUGCAGGUCGUGCUGUGCCCUCAGUCUGGGAGCCCUCAGUCACAGCUCAGCCUCCAAAACUCUAGUGCCUUUGUUGACAACAACUUGUCCCUGGAUAUCUACCCCGGGAGUCUCAACUCUGAGCGCCACGCUGGACCUGACGAAAGUGUCUCUUACAGCAUGAUGACAGAACUGGAGCACUCACAACCCAAUUCCUCCCACCAGCUGAACCUGCUCCAUCUCCAUGAUGUGGAGCCCGUUCAGGCUCCUGGUACAGAGAGCAAUGAGUAUGAGGUGGAAUCAGUAGAUCAUGUCAUCAGUCUGGCUGACUUGUACAGAUGGAAGGUAUCUGCGUAUGCACCCUGCAGUUCAACAUGUACUACAGGAGUCACUACUUCCUACGCCAUGUGUGUCCACUAUGAUGGAGUGGAGGUUGAUGAAAGCUAUUGUGAUGCAGUUACGCGACCAGAACCAACUCAUGAAUUCUGUUCAGGGAAAGAAUGUCUACCCAGGUGGGAGACCAGUAGGUGGAGCGAGUGCUCACGGACGUGUGGGGAGGGCUAUCAGUUCCGUACAGUGCGCUGCUGGAAGAUGUUGGCGCCGGGGUUCGACAGCUCUGUGUACGAUGAUCAGUGUGAGGCAGCAGAGCUCCAGAGGCCCAUGGAACGGAAGAUGUGCAGAAACAAGGGCUGUGGGCCACAGUGGGAGAUCUCCGAGUGGUCUGAGUGCUCUGCGAGAUGUGGAGGGAAGGGGGUGGUGAGACGGGAGGUGCGCUGUUCAAUGGAAGCCCGUCUGUGCAAUGAAUCCUCUAAACCGUUGAGUGAGAGGGAGUGUGAUGGCCCGCCUUGCGACAGGAGGUGGACUGUGUCUGACUGGGGACCGUGCUCGGGGCCCUGCGGCGAGGGCCGGAUGAUGAGAUACGUGGUUUGCAAGAACAGCAAUGGGAACGUCAUCUCAGACUUGCAGUGCGAUCUGGAGCUGAAGCCCCUUGCCGUGUACCCCUGCGGGGACAAGAACUGCCCUGCCCACUGGGUGGAGCAAGAGUGGGAGCAGUGCAAUGCCACCUGUGGGCGAGGGGUAAAGACCCGGCAGGUGAUCUGUGUUGGACUGGAGAACGGGGUCUACAAGGAAUAUCCUGAGCAGAGCUGCAGCUCCUCACAGAGACCCGAGGAGGAGACUGUCUGCUUUGAGAGGCCCUGCUCUAAAUGGUUUACCACUUCGUGGUCACAGUGUAGUAAGACAUGUGGGAGUGGGGUGAAAGUGCGGGAGGUCAAGUGUUACCAAGGAGAGGAGGUCGGACACAGCUGUGACCCAGGGACCAAACCAGAGUCCCGGCAGACAUGUGAGAUCCAGCCCUGCCCCACAGAAGCUCCAGAUGAGGUCUGCAAGGACAAAGCUACUGCAAACUGUGCCCUUGUUCUGAAGGUGAAACUCUGCACACACUGGUACUACAGGAAGGCCUGCUGUCAAUCGUGCAAAAACAAGACCCAAUAGGACGAUCAGGGAGACAGAAAACAGCUGGAGAGAGGGAUGUGAGAGCUGUCUCAUAACAGGACAUCUAUACGUAUCAAAUCUAGUAGGUUCUAGACUUGUCUGAAGAAGUAGGCUCUUGAAAAAGGGCCAUAAGGUGUGUAUUUAUACAGGACUGUUACAGGCUGCAGAAGCCCCAUGCAUCUCAGUUUCACAAGUACUUGGUAAAAGCCAGAAAGACCACAGGCAAGGCCUAUAAUUACCUUUGGAGAUUUUUGCCUGUAUUUCUUACUCGUGAUUAUAGAAGUCAUGUUUUUUGUAUUUGAUUUGUACAUAUGUUUGUAUAACCAACCAUUUAUUUUGUAAGAAAUAGAAUAUAAAAUAGACUACUUUGAACAGUAAAUAACAGUAACUUAAAACAAUGUGCGACUCUGCAAUGGGUGAAGGCUUUGACUUUCCUAAAUCUCUUCUACUAAUAAUGAUGUUUCUGGCUUCCUGUUGACCCCAUUUGAAGUCAUCUUUGCAUACCAUUUUGAAAGUUACUGUUUCAGAACUGUCAUGAGGUAGCUGCCAACAUUGUGAAAUGUAUUUUAAUGAGAUGCAAUGGUUGCGUAGCGCUUUAUCAGUGUCAGUGUGUUUUAGGUUAUUUGUGAUAUUCAAAGUAUUUAAGAAUGGCCCCAGAGCUUUCCAGUUGAUCUUGAACAGCACCCCACCUGACACAUAGGGGUUAAUAAAAAUCACCACAACAUAGGAGGGAUUCUAGUCAUCUAUUGCCUACAAUCAAUCAGAUAUUACCUCUGAUAGACCCAUUAAAGAAAUAGAACAAACUUCAUCCACAUCCAAUAUAAUGUCAUUUAUUCAAAUGUUAUGCUCAGGCAAACGGCAGAAUACAAUAAAAAUGAGUUUUUAUUUAUAUUUGGUUUGUCUUUUAUGUUGCUUUAGGUACAGAAGAAGUAGGUUGCCAUCUCUUCUGUAACCAGUAACAUACAGUUUACAUUCUAUAUACUGUUUUCUUCAGCCCUUCAUAUGCCAGUGUUACAAACUGCAUUGUAUUAAAAGUAUGUUUAAUAUCUUAAGUAACAUUACAUAAAAAAAACAUUUACAAAAAUACUGUAUAUUAGAUUCAUAUUAAACUAAUUGUAUUCCACCUGCAUUAACGGGAGAGCAAUGGAAUCAUUUAAAACUGUUCAUUCAUCCCAAUGGUCAAACCUAAAAAAUAACAGAUUGUGAUGCACUUGCAGAUUUUUCCAGCCAUCAAACUUGUUGAAAGCACGGUUCAUGUGUCACCAACUUUGUUUUAAAACUAAGCUGCGCUGAUUCUACAUGACUCACGGUUCACGCUGCUGUAGUUACAUUGUCAGAUCAGUUCCUCUUCCAGAGGUGGCGGCUUCCUUCUCUUUACUCAAUAGUAAACCUCAACUGAAUUAACUUGCAUUUGACAGCUAAAAGUAGCUAACACUAAAGACGCAAUAUAUGCCUAGGUUAUAUAAAAAAAUUGCCAAAUUUUUUUUUUUUUUUUUUUUAAAUGGACAAUUUGCAAUUGGCACAUAACAGAUCUGUAC